CAAACGAGUCCAAAUGACGGUGCCAAUGUUCUUUGCGUGUUGACCAGCAGGAGGCAGUCUAGUUUCAAAGUGAAACACUGAAAAUCAUCUCGGGUGAGACUCGCAAAAGGAGGCGGUGCAAGUGAUGACGGAUGACUUUCUGAUUGAUUGAAAAGUUUGGAGUUUGCCCCCCCCCCUCCCACCCCUCCUUCCCACUGACUGAAUUUCUCUGCUCUACAAAGCCAACUCCGUUUCUGAGAGGCUUCACUCAUCACCAUCACAAGACAGGAGCACAUUUGGGAUUCGGCCAGCCGGCUCGUGGAUUUCCGCCUCCUCCGAUUUCCCUUUUUGGACGUCAUGGCCAAGUUUUGCGGGCUGCUGUGCGGUUUUGCGCUGGGCCUCCUGGGCUGGUUGGGCAUCUUGCUGGCCACCGCCAGCAACGACUGGCUCGUCCUGUGCAGGCACAGUCAACUGGCCACCUGCAGGAUGUUUGACAUCGUGAGGACCAGAGGCCCCUGGGCCGAAUGUUCCUCCAGCGUCUCCAACGGAAUGCAGACUUGCUUACCCUUCCAGAUUUUCGACCUGCCCGUUUACGCCCACGUGACCCGUGCCCUGAUGGUCACAGCUUCCAUCGUGGGCUUGGUUGCCGCGGUGAUGGUUGCCGUGUCGCUGCCCUGCAUCCGCCUGGGUAGCGGCGCCCAGACUUCCAAGAACAAGAGCGCCGCCGCUGGCGGAGUCCUCCUGCUCGCCGCCGGCUUCUGCGGGCUGCUUUCGACGGUGUGGUUCUUCAUCAGCGAGAACCUGAACGAGCAGGUGAUGUCCUUCGGCUUUGCGCUGUACGCCGGCUGGGUGGGCGCGGUCUUGUGCCUUUUGGCCGGCGUCAUCCUGACCUGCUGCUCCUCGCCAACGCCGGCGUCCCGCCCGUACCAGGACAACGGCAGAGUCUACUUUUCCAAGACGGCGGCGGAGAGCGCGCCGAGCGCCGCCGCCCCCGCUGCCGCGUCGGCCUCCUCGAAGCACACCAAGAGCGUCCACGUCUGAUGAGGUCAAAGGUGAAAUCACCUGUGAUUUGUUUUUAUUCAUCACCUUCUUGCUUGGCGUUUUCCAACAAGAAAGUGCGUAAAUGUUGAAAGCGUCAAAAAACACGCGCCGAGACGGACAGAUUGUUUUGUCCAAGGCACACUUUUACAUUUUGCUCACACAGACACACAGUCGGUCUCCCCCCUAAGUUUUUCUUUGUGGUUAUUUAUUGUUUGUAUGCUCUCUUGUUUGGAUUUCCGAUAAUAAAGUAUUUGACGAACUCUUA